CGAACUAAUCAACAACUUCUCCAUCCUCUCUACCUUCUCUAUUUUCCACUCCCUUUUCUUUUCCUUCUUCACUUUCUUUCCCCCUUUCUGUUACAGUUAACAAUUUUCAACCGAAGCCUCCUACCGUCAUUACUAAUUUCCAAAUUUCAUCAAGACAAUCACGAUCGAGAUGGGGCCUGCCAAUUAGUCCCAUAAUUCUAUCUUUUUUUUUUUUAUGUUUGUUGCUUAUACCUAGACUAGAAAUUAUGACGGAUAGUAGGACAAUUGUCUGCGCACAUUGCUGAAGAAUGGAUGAGUGAACGUCACCCAGGGACGGAUCUAGCUGAGGUCUCGCCCCCCCCCCCCCCCCCCCCAACCAGAAUUUUAAACCUAUAUGAAGUUUGGAAAAUUGCAUAUAAACAAAGGUUAUUAAUUAAACUAUUAUGUGCGAAAAUACAACAUACAUCCCUUCCUAGCCUAGCCUAGCGGUAGGUGAUUGAGCAGAGUUCGAUCCUGCUGGAUAGCAUGUUAAUUGAAUUUUAUUUCUAUCUCAUUUUCAUUUUUUCAUUAAUGUUUUUCGUUUUUUGUUUUCUUUUACCAAAAUGUUGAUUUAUUUUAAUAUUUUGGUUUAAUACACUUGUAUAUCCAAACUUUCACGGUUGUGCCAAUAAUAUCCAAAUUUUCCGAAAUACCACUUAUAUCCAUGUUUUAAAGUUGUUCUUUGCCAAAUCUAUCCAUUUCCCAAUAUCUUUUUGGUUAAAUACACUUGUAUAUCCAAAAACACCGUUAAAGAAUGUGAAGGAAUUGGAUAUAAGUGGUAUUUCAGGAAAUUUGGAUAUUAUUGGCACAACCAUGAAAGUUUUGGAUAUACAAGUGUAUUUAACCUAAUAUUUUCUUAUAAGUUAACGUUAAUGUUUUCUCUUUUUUGUUUUUUUACCAAAAGAUUAAUUUAUUGUAAUAUUUCCUUAUAAGUUCAAUCAUUUUAAACACACCAAUCUAAUUUUUCAACUUAUGAAUUUGUAUUUAUUGUCUUGGUUAUAUUAAUUAUCUUUAAACAUCAAUAUAUACAUAUAUUCAGUUGUAAAGAUAUUAAAAGAUACGCUAUAUACAAGUGUAUUUAACCUAAUAUUUUCUUAUAAGUUAACGUUAAUGUUUUCUCUUUUUUGUUUUUUUUUUUACCAAAAGAUUAAUUUAUUGUAAUAUUUCCUUAUAAGUUCAAUCAUUUUAAACACACCAAUCUAAUUUUUCAACUUCUGAAUUUGUAUUUAUUGUCUUGGUUAUAUUAAUUAUCUUUAAACAUCAAUAUAUACAUAUAUUCGGUUGUAAAGAUAUUAAAAGAUACGCUAUAUAUUGGAAUGUUAAUUUAUUUCUUGUUCAUAUAAUAUAAGCACUUGUUUGGAAUAUAAUACCGUAAAAAUUUAUCUUUCAUUCAUAUAAUUUAAUCACUUGUUCAUAUGAUUCACCUUUACUCGAUAGUAAACUAAAAAAUCCCCCCCCCCUCCCCCGUGAACCUUAAAUCCUUACUCCACCCCUGUCGUCACCUAAACGCAAACUACAAGACUAGUCAUCAUACCCCAGAGCAAACUACAUGAUUGGCCAUUACCACCUAAGAACCAAAUCUUUAAUACUCUCCUCUUCUCUCUCUCUCUCACAACAUUCUCUCUUCACUUCAAUUUCCUGGAUCAUCCAAGAAUUCAUCCACGUCAAAAGAAAAUCUCUCUUCAUGAAGAGAUCCUUUGUUUAGACCCUCGAAUGGAUCUUCUUCAGCAUUCCCAACUGAACCUCCUCCAUCAUUUGCUGCACCAUUCCCAUUAUAACUUGUUCAACCAACUAUUAUUCAUCCCUUGGAGGUUCCAGGAGCUCCUCCUCCCUAUAAGGCUCCAGAUCGUGCUCCUCCCUCCUCCUCCGUUUGAAGCUCUAGAUGCUACUCACUCUUUUGAAACUCCAUAUUCUUCUCCUCUCUCUAGUCCUGCUUAACGGUAGCUCGUGGAGUUCUGCGGGAGUGGCCGCUGCGAGCACUGUGAGACUAGCUGAGGGAGAGUCUAACACUAGAGCGAUUGUGGGAGCGAUCUGUGCUUGAUUACACACUAAGAAGGUUCAACCGCUUGUUCAAACCCUCGAUCAGAGAAAUGAGCAGUUGAACAAGAAUUCAUUUUUGAAUGUCAAAGACGGCUACAUUAUGAUUAAUGUCAUUCUUUAGGUGGUUGACGACGUAAGCGAGCAUGGGUAGCUUCAUCAGAUUGUUGGUUUCCUCUUGCUGCGCAACAUCAUCAGUUAUGACAAAUUUGAGUUGGUGAACUUUCUUGACCUUUGCUCCCCAAUUCUUCAUGGAUUUUCUUAGCUCGAACAGAUUCUUGUAGAUGUUGUCCAACUUCUCGAACAAGAUGUUCGUUUUCUCAAGAAAUUUCUGACAUGUCCUCGAGGUAAGGUGCGAGGGUAAAUCUGCUUGUACUGACCACAUUAGAAGCAGGUGGUAUACUUUGAGGCAUAAUCCCUGGACUAGAAGGGCCUGGAAAAGCACAACCAAAAGUAUCUUAAGCCACAAGACCAAGCUCCACCAUCUGAUCCACUGAAGGCUGGUGUAGAUAUACUUUGAGGCAUAAGCACUGGAACAGAAGGGCCCGGAGCACUACUGCCAAAAGCACAUUCACUAACCAGACCAGGCUCCACCAUCUGAUCGUACGAUGGUUCAGUAGCAGCCCGGUUAGGGCGAUGCCCGCUUAGUUACCCUCUCAUGAUUGGUGAGGGAGCUACGAGAUAUUGGACCGAAAAGCACCCUAAGUCACCAGAUUUGCAGAGAAUUACCUUCUCACAGUCAAAGGUCAAGAUAUAUAGUAGUUCACUUCACCCUCAAAUAUCUAAUAUUGGAAUCUUAAUGGAUGAUCUCUGUCUGCAACGCUUCCAUCAUGUAUAUCUUCAAUUGAUCCUGAGACGCAACUUUCGCAGGUUUGUAUCAGUUCAAUUUAUCGACAUAUUUUUCUUCUUCUUGACAAGGACCUUCAACUCGACUAGCUUUCACAUGUUUUUUACUACUAAUUCCUUAAAAUUUGGUAUAACCAUCUGUUAUAGGAUUCUAGUGGAUCAAUUUUUGAGAUAACAAGACCAAAUGAAAGUGAACGACGUGAAGAUUGUGCUAGCUACCAUGAACAACUAAAUACUGUUUCAGUUGUGGCUCUUAAUUAAGUGGUUUGUUAUAAUCCAAUGAGGAAACUAUGGAAACAACUCUCUGGAGCAAGUGUGAAACUCGUAGAAGACAAGCCAGAUGUGAGUGAAAAAAGAUUAUCCAAAUAUUGAUUAAUUUUUUGUCUCGAAAUUUUUAAAAAAUUACAUAACUUUUUUUCCUUCAAAAUUAACAACUAACUAUAACAAAUUUUAAGUGAAACAUAAAAUUUAGACGAAAAAUAAGUAUGAUUUAUUGAAAUAAAUUGAAAAAAAGGUAGGAACUAGGAAGCUAAAUUUGGUUUCUUAAGGAAUUGGGGUAAAAAUGUGUUUUGACAAAUAAGAAAGACAUUUUUUUAUAGUUUAUAGAGUUGAAGUUAGUCAUGCCUAUUAUUGGGAGCUAAAAAAAUGGAGGGUUGGAGUGGGAGAAAAAAAAAGAAGCUAAAAGUCCAGGUUUAGCUAUUUAGCUUACUAAGUUGGAAUUAGUCUAGCGAACUAAUCAACAACUUUUCUCGCUAAUGGUGCCUUUAAAAAAUAUCAACUUCUUUUCCCUCCUCUCUACUUUCUCUCUAUUCAACUGUCUGGAGCGAGUGUGAAACUCGUGGAAGACAGGCAAGAUGUGAGUGAAAAAAGAUUAUCCAAAUAUUGAUUAAUUUUUUCUCAAAAUAUUAAAAAAAAGUUAUAUCUUUUUUUCAAAAUUAACAACUAAUUAUAACAAAUUUUAAGUGAAACA